UAUCCGUCUCCCCAGUUCUCAGCCUAGAAUUACACCUGCCUGAAGUGUUCGUAAAGACACAAAAAACCACACUUGAUAUAUUUAAAAUGUAGGUGUCCUACAAAUAUUGGGGAAGGAUAAUGUGAAUAGGUGGAGUUGAAGCCAGCAGCCUAUGGCUGGGGUGGGUCUGGAAUAGACUGGUAAUGAGGGUAGUAUUUAGUUUUCAAAGUAGAGGAGGGGCACAUUGUAGCCUUUCUUUACUACAGUCAGCCUUCCAAAAUCCCCCAUAAAGGGGCACAAAAUAUGAGUGGAUUGCCCUGUAACUGUUUAGCUACUACUAUACUGAACAUAGGUGAAGGGGUGGGGAUAGGGCCAGCUGUUAUCUCAGCCAGUUGUGGCUAAAGAGAUUUGGGAGAGGGAGGGCAGGGUCCAACACUGCCCCAGGCCUUUUAGUUUCCAAUUUCUCUGUGUCAGCUGUGUUGCUCAGCUGUCCACUCUCCUCUAGCCCUGUCACUUAAGCUGUGACGCUGCAGGGAGAGGCUAGGUCUGCACACGCCAGCUGGGGAGACGUGAGCAACAAGGGUAUUUUGGGGGUAUAAAGCCCCCCAGGCAAGAGGACAGAGCCUUCUUUUUCCAUUCCCAUCCAACACCACCACAAAGCCUCCUAACCUGGCAUCCUCUUUCCUCCACUGUGGACCUACGUAGGGAAUCCCAAACGUAAGUUGCCUUUUCCUACUAGUUAUCAGACAUUGGCUGCUUGGGCUCCCACACCCCUCAGUCAGUUCACCUCUCCCAUUUGCCUCACUUGGCUGUUCAGUAGUUUGGGGUGUUCCCGUCAUUUCUUUCCCUGAAGAAAGGGUCGGGAUCAGGAAAGAGGUUGGGGAGUUAAUGUCUGGGGAAUAGAGUAGUAGAGAAGGGAGGUCAUAUUACAUUGAAAACUUAAAAAUAGCCAACCCCCAAGGCAGGCUGGGACAGGGCCUGCCCUGGAGGUAGUGUUAAAAACCCACUCCCACUCCCAGGCUUAGAGAGAUGAGAGGAACUGGAGUCCUCUACCUCUCUACUCCAAAGUGAGUUUUCGGGAGGAGGGAGAGGUUACAUGGGGUCAUAUAUUACUGCCUGUAACCUUGAAGAAAAGAGAAAGCCUCUAGGAAUCUCCAACCCACCCCAAAAUGAGAGGUCUGGCUUGAUGGAACUUCUGCAAGGGAAUGAGGAUAGUCUUUGUGUAGGCCAUCUUCUGUAGGCCUACCUUAGUCAUCUCCCAGGCUGGGCCCUUUUAUGGAGUCUCCUUGUUUAGUCUCUCAUUCUGGAAGAGGGGGAUAGAGACCCUCUUUGUGUGUCUCUCAGCUUAAGAGACCUGCAGUUCUCUUCCCAAAGCUCUAUUUGUCCUACCCUAUAAGGUGAGUCCCUAGAAGUAAGAAAGGGAGGGGGGAGGGGAGGCAAGGAAGGAUGAAGAGUCUACAGUGGGAACCCCGAUCUUGCAGGAUGACAGAAAAAGAGGUUCUGGAUUCUCCCAAAUCCUUCACAGCAGAAACACCAAAGAGUGGGCUACAAAGGCUGAAGCAAUUAUUCAGGAAGGAGACUGUAGAAAGAAAGGAGAUGGAGCUCCCCCCUGAGCCCCAGGCCAAUGGGGAAGCAGUAGGGGCUCAAGGGGGACCCAUCUACUACAUCUAUGAGGAAGAAGAAGAGGAAGAAGAGGAGGAAGAGAAGGAGCCACCCCCUGAACCCCCUAAGCCUGUCAAUGACAAGCCCCACAAGUUCAAAGAUCAUUUCUUCAAGAAGCCCAAAUUCUGUGAUGUCUGUGCCAGAAUGAUUGUUCUUAACAACAAAUUUGGGCUACGAUGCAAGAACUGCAAAACCAGUAUCCAUGAACACUGCCAGUCCUUUGUGGAGAUGCAGAGAUGCUUUGGCAAGAUACCCCCUGGUUUCCGACGCGCCUACAGUUCUCCACUUUAUAGUGACCAGCAGUAUGCUUGUGUCAAGGACCUCCUCUCCAACCGAAAUGACCCUGUUUUUGAAACACUUCGAACUGGAGUGAUCAUGGCAAACAAAGAGCGGAAGAAGGGACAAGCAGACAAGAAGAAUCCCCUAGCAGCCAUGAUGGAGGAGGAGCCAGAAGCCCCUAAAACUGAGGAAGGAAAACCCCAGGCUGGAAAUACAGAGGGAGACAAGAAGACUGACAAAAAGACAGCUGAGGAUAAAAACAAGCAGCCUGGAUUCCAGCAGUCUCACUACUUUGUGGCCCUCUAUCGGUUCAAGGCUUUGGAAAAGGAUGAUCUGGACUUCCCACCUGGAGAGAAGAUCACAGUCAUCGAUGAUUCUAAUGAGGAGUGGUGGCGGGGCAAAAUCGGGGAGAAGAUUGGAUUUUUUCCCCAAAACUUCAUCAUCCGAGUCAGGGCUGGUGAACGUGUGCACCGGGUGACUCGAUCCUUUGUGGGAAACCGUGAAAUUGGGCAGAUAACACUCAAGAAGGACCAGAUUGUGGUGCAGAAAGGGGACGAAGCUGGUGGCUAUGUCAAAGUCUACACUGGUCGAAAGGUGGGGCUAUUUCCCACUGACUUCCUAGAGGAAAUUUAGGGGUGCAGGUGCCCCAAUCAAUCCAGGAUCAUAUUAUUCAGUGCCUACUAUGUACCAGGCACUGUGUGAUUUACAAAGACAAAAACAAAACAAUCCCUGCCCUCAAGGAGCUUACAUUCUCUUUAGGAGACAACACUUUCUUACUCCACUUUGGGCUGAAUUGUGGGGAGGAGUGGCAGUUAGGGCAGCUCAGUUCUAGCUGGGGUUAUAUUCUAAGAGGGCUGGUUCCCCCUUAAACUCACCUCCCUAGUGUGAGACUUGCAGUACUGGGCAUGCAGGAACACCUGCCCCUCAAGAGAACACUCUCCCUGCUUCUUCCCUGAACUUACACACUGACCAUUGAUCUUGGGAAGGAGUAGGAAAGGCCUCCUUUAGGUCUUCAUAGGUGGGGAGGGGGGAGCCCAGGAGACUAAGUUGUAGGCAGAGCCCUUAGCUCAUUAAAGUUUUGUGGGAAAAGGGUUGGAAAACAUUUGUUUCUUUAAAUUUAGGAUCUUUUUUCUCUUUUUUAAAUCUUUGUUACAAGGCAAGACUUGCCUGAAAGGGGGGAUAGGAAUCUAUUCAGAAAUGAAGUUGUUGUAAAAACAAUGAAUUAAAAACAAUUUUCAAAAAUUUGAA